AUGUUCAAGUCCCAAGUGAAAGGGCGCGACAUCAACACGGCGGAAUUUUGCAGAUCUUUCUCUUCCAAGAAGAGACGAUAUUCUUUCCAUGUCAGCAUUUUGCAGAGCUCGGUUGACCAGUUUUGGGAGCUGGACAGGAACACCAUGGAAUACAGCUUCGCAAUGCUCUGCGGGCUGGGCUUUUUCUGUGAUCCAGCCAGCUGGCAGCCAGCUCUGAAGCUGUUUCCAAAGGGGCCAGCUGGUCCUGUGGCCACGUGUGAUGGUCACAGUGGUCCUGCGAGGUCCUGCGCCAUGUGCUCCCGCCGGGUGACGCGUAGCAAGGGCCUUUGCCCUUCGUUUUGGUCAUCGAUGACGCUCAAUAAAUCCGCGUCCCUCCCGGCGAUCCUCGCCCUGGGCACCACUGCGCCCAAAUUGGCAGGUGCUGUUGGGAACACCAUGGAAUACAGCUUCGCAAUGCUCUGCGGGCUGGGCUUUUUCUGUGAUCCAGCCAGCUGGCAGCCAGCUCUGAAGCUGUUUCCAAAGGGGCCAGCUGGUCCUGUGGCCACGUGUGAUGGUCACAGUGGUCCUGCGAGGUCCUGCGCCAUGUGCUCCCGCCGGGUGACGCGUAGCAAGGGCCUUUGCCCUUCGUUUUGGUCAUCGAUGACGCUCAAUAAAUCCGCGUCCCUCCCGGCGAUCCUCGCCCUGGGCACCACUGCGCCCAAAUUGGCAGGACAUGAGAAACAGCAGUCGCUUCGCUAUGCGACAGCCAACGACAAGAAAUCGGCCUUUGCCACUUUCAAACCAGCAGAUGUAAGUCAGCAAGUCUUGGAAUACGUCAUGGAGCUGCAACGCCCUGGCUGGCGCCAACGGGCCACGCCAGAGCCGGAAGAGUUGCCCGUGACUGUGGAGGACUUGGUUCCAAAGAACCAGCGGUAUCCACGCGUCACUCCAGCAUGGCUGAAGCAUGAGAAGCAGGUUCUCCGCUUCUACGCCUUCUUCCAGGAGACGGUCACGGAACGGGCGGACGAAAACAGCCGCAAGCGGCAUAUCAUCAUCAUGUACUACCUGGAGGAUGGAACCGUCAGCAUGUCCGAGCCACGGAUCGAAAACUCCGGCAUUGUACAAGGUUCCUUCUUGAAAAGACAGCGGGUCUCCCGAAAUGAUGGAACAGGUUUCAUCGGCCCGGAAGAUCUCCGCUGUGGCAUCCAGAUCACUCUCUUCGGUAGGACCUAUCACAUCACUGGCUGCGAUAGCUUCACUCGUUGGUACUAUCGGGAGAUCGGUGUCGAGAUCGGAGAGAAUGAGGAAGUCCAAGAAGAUGCGUGGCAGAAGUCCUACAAACUGAGGAAACUCAUCGACCGCGGCGCCUUACCGCCCUCGCGCUUUUCGGUGGAGCAAAAGACCAUCGGACAGUUCCAGAUGGGAGCUCCUCCCGUGUCCAAGAAACUCACACAAUUCCUGCUCAACGAUCGGAGGGUCUUGCGCUUCAAGGGAUACUGGGAUGACCAUACGAAGUAUGGAGCCCGGCUCUACUUCAACAUCCACUACUACCUGGCCGAUAACACCAUGGAAUUCAACGAGGCCCACUGCCGGAACUCUGGUCGCUACCCAGCACCUGUCUUCUUCAAACGCGGACCUCUGCGAAAGCACAACGUGGCACAUUGCGUACCUGCGAUGCUCACAGAUGAGUCCUGUGUGUACUUGCCAGAGGAUCUUCGGGUGGGAGACUCCAUCGACGUUUGGGGACGCAAGGUGGUUCUGUUUGACUGCGACGCUUUCACCCAGAAGUUCUACAAGGAAUAUCUCGACCUAGACCAGCGGCAAAAUCGCUUGGAUGUCUCUGAAAAGCCGGUGACACAUCUCAAGCUGACUCCACCACCUCACAAUGGAGUGGGCAAAGAGGAGGACAGUUUGAUUUCAACCCAGAUGAUCAACGUGAAGGCACCGAAGGUAGACCUGGAAAAACUCAUGGUCUACACGGGCGAGGUCUUAAGAUUCGAAGCUAAGAUGGCGAAUGGCCUGGCGGAGGAUGAGAUGCGCGUGCUGG